CGGCGGAGGAGGAGGACGAGGUGGAGGUGGCAGGCGCGGCGGAGGAGGAGAAGGAGGCGGCGGUUGCAUCUGCGGGAGCGCAGACGGGCGGCGUCGAAGAAACAGGGGAGAGGGAGAAGUCAUCGUAUGGUGAGGAUGGCCAGAUGGAUAAGGUGGGAUGGGUGGAUAAGUGGGCUGCUGGGCUUUCCUGAUGGGCCUUUCUUUAAUUUUGGGUCCACAGUUCUCUUAUUUUUUUCUUUUAUUAAGGUAAUACAUAUAUAGGUAUAUAAAAAUUAAAACGCCUAGAAAAACGACUAGCGCCGCUUAGGCGCGAUUAAUCCCGCCUAGGCGCUAGGCAGUGGGUCGGCGCCUAGAAUCCGCCUAGCGCCUAGCUGAACUAUGCCAGAUAGACAAUUUGAGAGUUUAGGGGCCUAUGUGAAACUUCGGAAUAAGUUUGGGAAUUUGGAGUGCAAUUUACUCUUUUUUCGGAGAUUCAAUUCUUUUGAUCCAACUGAAAUUUGGAACCCUUAGGUUGAUCAAUCGUUUAGAAAUAUUUGACCCGUUUACAGGUGCAGCUCCCUACUUAUGCAACUACUUUACAGAUUAAUGUCUUACUUGUUGAUUUACAGCUUUGUUCUUGGUUUAGCUUAGAUUUUUGUCCUUCGAAUCCUAGCACCUUGGCAUUGUCUUGGUGGGUCUUGGUCAAUUUGCGUUAUGCUUGCGAUACCUUGUGUAAUGCCGUCUAAUGUGUAAUGUCAGGAUUUAUCUCUUGGAAACAUUUUGAGUCACUUUUAAACAAGCUCACAUCCCUAGGCACAUCUAAAGAUCAUGCCACGUUUCAUCGAAGCCUCUAAAUAUAUACAUAGUGUUAGUUGUGGGUCUUCAAUCACGCUCACAUUUGUUUGGUCCUAGUUUGUUGCACCGGGAGAUGUAGCAAAACCAUUGUGUUGCCUCCAGAGCUAGAUGCGCACUAGGGUGGUUGUCUUAUGAGCUAUUGUCGGAGCUAGGCAUACAACAACUUGGGUGGCAAGGGUGCCAAACCAUCGUGCGUGGAAUAGUGUUAUGUGUGCCUAGGUGGGUCAAGGUAGAGCUAGAUGCACACUGGGUGGUUGGCUUAUGAGCUAUUGUCGGAGCUAGAAUACAACUUGGGUGGCAAGGGUGCCAAGCAUCUUGGGUGGAAUCGUGUUAUGUGUGCCUAGGUGGGGCAAGGCGACUGUCAUCUAGAUUGUCGCUUAUUGCCCAUACCUUAAUUUUUCGUGCAAUUCUUGUUUUUCCUAUUAUGAUCUUUUUGUCUCUGUAGCCAUUCCUUGGAUGCUAGCAUUUCGAACCAUGGUUUUACUCUAACACUAAUCAAAAGUAGUUCAGGCUAACUUAAAUCGUUUGAAGCUAUAUGGAGAAUCAAAAGCAAUCUAGUGACGCUUAUUUUGGGCCAAGAUUGCGGAUGUCAACUAGAUCGAAAGCAGCAAAUGGAUCCAGGAGGAGACGCGAGAGUAGGUUUAGAUCUCAGCGCAUGAACAAAAUUGCCAAAGACAUGGAGAAACGGAAGGCUUAUAUGCUACCUAACACAAGGAAUAGGAAUGAUAGAAGUGGUGUCGGUGUUACAAGUAAUGCUCAUGUGCGCGGUCGCAAGAAAGCAUGUAGUAGUGGUAAGAAGGAUCAAGAUGGUAACAUUGUCUCGCCACAAGCCAAUAGAAUACCUCAUAUGGAUAGCAGAGCUGAACAGUCUUCCGAUGCGCUGCAAGUAAAGAAGAAUUGUUUGAUUCCUUUGGUGGAUAUCAAGUCGUCUAAUCCUUCUAGAGUGGAGAAUGUACUCCCUUCGAAAGAACUAGAUAAUCCAAACCCUUUGUUGCCAAUGGAUGGAUCGAACACCAAAUUAAGAUACCAAAAGUUAUCUCACUUCAAGACUAGAACGUCACAUCCUAUUGAUGCGGAGGUAAUGGCCAAGUUGCCUCAUAGGGCAAAGAAUAAUGAUGCAUCAAUGCAUGAAGAUGAUAUCUUGGCUUCAAAGUCAAAUGGUCAAACAAGUCAUACUCGAGGACAAAACACCAAUGUUAAAAGGCAUACCAAGGAAAACUCAGAAACCGUGGCAAGUGAAUCCUUGGUUCCUAAUGAACAUGACUCAAGUGAAUACAAGGCGAGAUGGGAUAUGAAUGUCAAAGAGAUUGAGGUAGAAACUCGCAUGUUUGGUAAUGACCUUUCAAGGCACCAAGUGUGUAAAAAGAGAAAGAAGGAAGAAGAAAAACUUAGAACAUGUGAUAACGAUGAUAGUACAAGUGCUAUACAACAGGAUAACUUGACUAGUAGGUCGAUAAAGAGAAGAAGAUACAUUCCAUCGAAUGAAGAAGAUGAAGAUGAAUUUGGUGCUUGUGAUAAGAAUUUGAUGGGUGUUGAUGCCGGCAUUGGAUUGACACCACAAGCAUCUAUUUUGAACAAUUGUGUUGAGAGACAAUGUGAUUAUUGCUCAAAACCUAUUAAUGAACCUGCUUGGAGUGGAAUCCUUAAGAUUGACGGUAAGGAAUACAUAUCACUUGUUGGACAUUUGUCAACAAAAUCAUGCGAGAAGGUGUGGAAAUUGUCAAAAUCAUUGCCUCUGAUGGUUGAAGUGGAAAUGGUUUCGAGAUUGGUUGUGUGGCCUAGGAUAUGGAAGAUGUCAAAACCUAGCAGUGACAACAUUGGAUUGUAUUUCCUCCCUCAUAAUAUGAGGCACGAUGGAGAACUAGAUCAACUUGUUAACGAAGUCAUGAAGAAUGAUCUAGUCUUGCGGACUAUCAUCAAUGAAGCUGAGAUGCUUAUAUUUCCUUCUAUUCUAUUGCCCAAGCGAUACCAGAUGUUUCAAGGCAAAUACUACUUGUGGGCGGUGUUCAAGCCCAGGGAAGACAAAGGCGGUGUGCCUGCAGAACCACUAGAUGGUACUGGGAAACAGCAGAUCAAGAAAUGAUUAUGAAGAAAGGCGCUGUGCCAUUGAUGGGAUGAUUCGGCCUUGAGGCGUUUCUGAUGGUGCAGCAGCAACUGUGCCAAGACUUUUGAGAUGGAAACAAGGGAGUGGCUUUUGUCAGCUUGUAUAUAUGCAGUAUGCACCUUCUAUGCGUGUCUAAAGAACGACUGCUUGUAAAGUUCAGGUGUUUGUAUCCCUGCUGUUAGCUAGCGUUGCUUACUGUUCGUAGUUUAAUUCAGGUUUGGCCUUGUAUUUUUCUCUAGUCUGUACUCUGUACUAUGACAUGUCAGUGCACCAGUUUUCUGAAUGCUUGUCCUUUGGUAGGAUCUGAUUGCUUUCA